AUGAAUCAGUUAUCAGAGGCCGUCGCGACCGCGCAAGCCCAAGCACAGGCUGAGGCUGCCUAUAAUAGGCAGCUGCAGUGUGAGAGCGAGAUUUUGGAGAUGGCAUUUCAAGAUGCCGUGUAUCGCCUGUGUAGACUGAAAGAGCGUUUUGAGGUAAUAUAG